GUUUCAGCUUCGACCCCUUCUUGACCAUCUACUUCGUACAUCGACUACUUGUUCUUGCACGACGACCAUCUCAGACCAGCACAGGAUAGCGAGGAUCACCCAAUGCAGCCGGAAGGCCAGUACGAACCCGGGACGAGCGCGUCGACCAUCCGCGGUCUGCACCGGCUAAGCACCACCGUCGCGGGCGACCUCGUCAUGUCAGUCUCGUCGGGGUCGGACGACACGACAGUCGACUCGCCGCACAGCGCACCCCCAUCGCCGAGCAGUCCUUCAGGCGACUCCGUGUCCUCCUUCCCGUCCGAGAUCUCCUCCUCCUUCCUCUUCUCGUCUGGCCCCGGCAGCCCUCCGCAUUCUGAAUUCAUGCGCCACAGAUCACUUCCAGGAGAGUCCGACGGCGAGCUGCACGACUCGACACAGGGGCUCAUCAUCCCUUCCCCAUCUCCUGGAGAGAAUGACGACAUCGUCGAGCUCGGCGCGUGGGAGGAAACCCACGGUGCGGACGAUGCUGCGCCGACGGUGAGCGUACUGCGUGCGUCCACGGACUGGGUAGAGCACCGCGAUGCGCAUGGGCUGGAGCACACCGAGUCCGCCCGUAACGUGGAGAUCGUUGAGCUGCCUGGAUACGACCCCUCAGACGACGCGGAGACUGUACUUGAGCGUGCCCUGCCUAUCAUUCACAGCCCAUUCAAGCAGGUCUCUGAGGCUCUUCACCCUGACUAUGCGCCCAGCGCCGUGCUUGCGAAUCUGAUAUCGUCUGGGUCGACGCCCCUGUACACUGCACUCAUCCUACUCUUGACGUCAUGUGCAACGUCAGGAUGCUCGCGCCUCUCCAGCCCGCUUGGGGUCUGCACAGAGAGUUUUGGCAACAAUUCCGAGUUGAUGCUAAAACUAUCGUGGGAGUCCGGUGAUACUUCUUGCAACGUCCUGGACACUGGCCGGGUACAGGGCGUGCGCGAGCACCACUACCGCAUAACUCAUUCUGACAGUCAUAUCUCUACAGCGCCCACGCCGUUGGAGAAAUCGUUCCUCAAUGAUCUGAGCCCCCACAUCCCGGUCAUCGUGCUGCCACCAUUGCCAGCACAUCCGACAUACCCCUUCCAGACGACAUACCCGCUCUCCAACGCCUCCUCUGCGUAUUCGUCGCCGCGCUACCCCGAAGGGUCCAGCUCCCCUCACACAGCUGCAACUGUCUCGUCGUUCCGACCCGCGACCCCGCACGCCCUUCGCACGGGCCUGUUCCGCGCGCCCGAGACACUUGCGCGCUUGCGUUCUGAGGCGGCAUCCCGCUUCCUGCGCUGGCGCGAAGUCGAGCGUGCCGUGGAGAAGAUUAGCCCGAGUUCAUCCGCAGACACAGUCCGCGCAUCGAAGAGUCCGGUCGUCGCUCACGCGAGAACGAAGAGCGGCUGGGACAAGGCACAAUGGGAGGCAGAGUGGGAGGGCUCGCUCUCGCAGGAGAUCGCAGUCGGACUGCAGCAGCGCCGGCGUGCUGAUACCGCGCUUCCUGCGCGUCCGCGUGAGGAAGAGGAGAGCCGUCCACCUGUGUUCUCGGAGUCGCGUGUACGCCGUGGGUCGCAGUGCGCCCCGGCCCCGUUCGACCCGCUGCACCUCGGAUCGCUGUUCAUGUUCUCGCUUUCCCUGCUUGGCCCGCUGAAGUCACACAUCGCGCGGUCAUUGUCCUUCGGGAGACGGGAUGUCUCGAGCACUUCGCGAGCGAAGCCCAACCGAUCAAUGGGCUUCGGACUGGGUUUGGCACUCGUGGGUGCGUUCUGUGCGGGGAUAGGUUUGGGUCUUCUCGUCGCUAGAGUUUGAAUACCCUCUCGGUG